GCGGCGCGCAGCUGUGACUGGCAAAACCAUCUGAACCCGGACUUGCUCAACCUUCCUGCGGCUUCCAUAUCCAUACCAACAAAACCCAAAAAAUUACCACACCCUCGUCUUCGUGCUUCUUCAGUCUCACAGACCACUCGAAAUACCAGCUCGGGCCUUUCCCUGCCCCUCUUCAGUUUCUCUGUUCCGCAGUAUUUUGAGCCUCAUUGCGGUGACUGAAACUCGUCUUGCAGUUCCGUUGUCCGCUGUUCCAAGACAACCUUAACCAGAUCUGCCGUUAUUUUGUCAGAUCGUUGUGCCUGUCACCACUACACUUGCAAGGCCACUGGGCAGUAAAGGAACUUGACACAGUCGAAGCAUUCUGCCAGACCGAACGCAGACGACCCCCCUCCGAGUCAAGCCUAUAUUCCACGGCCCUGCAGCACUACAUUGCGAACGCGACGAGAUCUCACGCAAUCGCCCGUAGGCUCGAAUCCUACAAUCGGAACUAUAUUCACAAGUACAACCAUUAGCCUUCCUCGUCAGCUCAAAGUGCAGCUUCUUUCCAGCCUUCCGUCCACUUGAACCUAGAGUGCGAGCGCAGUCCGCAUCAACCCCGCGAACUACCUUUAUUCUUGUGCAACAUGCCUUCCGCCACGGAGAACCCGCCCAAGUCAGAGUCCAGGCUGCUCCUGGUCUCGAAUCGUCUUCCCAUCACCAUCAAGCGCUCUGCAGAUGGCAAAUAUGAUUAUUCCAUGUCAUCAGGCGGUUUGGUCACUGGACUGAGUGGGUUGGCAAAGACCACCACCUUCCAAUGGUACGGUUGGCCUGGUCUAGAAGUACCACAAGAUGAGAUCAAGGAGGUCACCACAAAACUCAAGGAGGAGUUCAAUGCCAUUCCGGUCUUCAUGGCCGAUGAAUUGGCCGACAGACAUUACAAUGGCUUUUCGAACUCCAUCAUGUGGCCUCUGUUCCACUACCAUCCUGGCGAGAUCACCUUCGACGAGUCGGCCUGGAAUGCUUACCAAGAAGCCAAUCGUCUCUUUGCCCGCGCUAUUGCCGCGGAAGUCGAGGACGGCGAUCUUGUCUGGGUUCACGACUAUCACCUCAUGCUUCUACCACAAAUGCUCCGGGAAGAGAUCGGAUCGACCAAAUCCAAUGUCAAGAUUGGCUUUUUCUUGCACACACCUUUCCCCUCCAGCGAGAUCUAUAGAAUUCUUCCCGUUCGAAAUGAAAUCCUUCUCGGUGUUCUGCACUGCGAUCUCAUCGGCUUUCAUACGUACGACUAUGCAAGACACUUUCUCAGCAGUUGUUCGCGCAUCCUCAAUCUCACCACGACACCAAACGGAGUGGAAUUCGAAGGCAAGGUCGUCACCGUGGGCGCUUUCCCCAUCGGUAUCGACCCCGAAAAGUUCACCGAAGGACUCAAGAAAGAAAAGGUCCAGAAGAGAAUAGCCGUUUUGGAAGAGAAGUUCAAGGGUAUGAAGUUGAUUGUCGGAGUGGACCGUCUUGAUUACAUCAAAGGAGUUCCACAGAAACUUCAUGCCCUUGAAGUUUUCCUUACAGAUCAUCCGGAGUGGAUUGGCAAAGUCGUCCUAGUACAGGUCGCCGUGCCAAGUCGACAGGACGUUGAGGAGUACCAAAACCUUCGAGCUGUUGUCAACGAAUUGGUGGGCCGUAUCAAUGGAAAAUUUGGAACCGUGGAAUACAUGCCGAUCCAUUUCAUGCACAAGUCGGUCAACUUUGACGAACUCAUUGCUCUUUACGCCGUGUCCGAUGUCUGCCUUGUAUCGUCCACACGUGACGGCAUGAACUUGGUGUCCUUCGAGUACAUUGCCACCCAGGAGAAGAGACAUGGUGUGCUUGUCUUGUCCGAAUUUACUGGUGCCGCACAGAGCUUGAAUGGCAGUAUCUUGGUAAACCCAUGGAAUACCGAGGAGCUGGCCGGGGCUAUUCAGGAGGCAGUUACGAUGAGCCCUGAACAGCGCGCCAUGAACUAUGCCAAGCUGCAUAAGUAUGUUUUCAAGUACACGAGCGCUUUCUGGGGCCAAUCCUUCGUCGCCGAACUGACCAGGAUAUCGGAGCAAGGCGAGAAGAAGUUGAAGCUUCGCAGAGCCUCGUUGGUGAAGCAGCCUUCCCAACAUGCCGCCGUCACUCCUGACACGCCGGCCGACCAGAAGCCAGCAUCAACCUCGGAACAGACGGCGACAACGACUUCGUGAUAUAACGCCGCUGAAAGUCGGUGGCUGAUUUGGUCCUUUAAGAGGUCCACAUGAUACCAAGAUAGAAAACUAUCCUAAAUGCUUUGACCCCGAGAUAUUUAUUAGGCUUACGAUUGCAUCAAUUAGACGGAGCUGUCGAUGACAGGGAAUAUAUGGAUGGGUCUCACCCAGCGACUUGAGGUCUUUUGACCAACAGUCUCACGAAGAUAGAUUGUAUAGAGCUACUUAACUUUUGAUGUAUGCAUGCAGUGGAUGGCAAUGAAGAUGCUAUAGUACAGGUGGUCGACUGUCUUGCAGAUGGAAGUAAUCUACCCAGGUACGCAUCCCUGUACAGUGAUGCAUCGUGCCCAACAUUGAAACCAGCACCAGCAGCAAUAGUCCUGACUCGGUCAUGCUUUGGAGGAGAGCAGUGUUGGUUUCAUUUGACACGAAUCAAGUUUGUGAUCACCUCCCCCUUGUCCUUUUCUUUCCGUUGUGGAAGUUCGGGGGCAGGACUCAGGUAGGUACCUGUACAUCUCCUGUAAUUCCCG